AUGAUAGCAAUUGCGUUACUCGCUGCAAUCGCAUUAAAUCAUACCGCGAUACUUAAUUCAGCGACUCAAAACGAGAUUGUAUGAGAAGCGAAUUCAUAGAAUUUAUGUAUGCAUGUGAAAUGAAACAUGAUACACAUGUAAAUGUUAAUAGCGUAAUAAUUGCAGUAAUUUAAUUUGCUAGCACAUGUAACUUUUAUUAUUCACAGUUAUAUUCAUCCGUGAUACAACAGAUGUCUGUUACUUUUUUCAAAAUUGAAACUCGAAAUUUCUGUAUGAAUGUCAAGCGGAUGUUAAUCCUUUCAUUGCUAUAUUGUGACGCCACAGAUAUCUCGCGCCGAAGUAGCGUUUGUUUAUUAGCUUAUUUUCAAUGAAAUUAAAACAAAAUCUCGUCGAUAGCAUUGCAAUAAUUGUGACGAAAUGUGUACGUUUUAUUAGUUAAAUUAAUUUAAUGUAAUCAUGGUGUUAAUUCAAGAUAGUAUGAAACGAUGGGAUAAAAACUAUGUGAUAAAUUAUUUGUUCGCAGGAUCGAGCAAGGAACGUUUCCGAAAGAUUCACAUCUACAACCACUUUGACGGUAAAUAUUAGAGACGACGAUGAUCAAGAUCCUUCCUUCAUUUAUCAAGGUUGCAUGCUUUUGGAUGGCGCAUGCAUUAAUCCAGAAUAUUCAGCAUCCGUAUCGAGCGGAGUGUUAUCCGGUAUACUUAAUAUAUCGCCGGAGAAAAUACAAGCCGUUGAUAUGGAUAGUAUAAACGCACCUAUUCAUUAUUCGUUCCUCAGUGGCAAUCCAUCGAAUUAUCGGGAAUUUUUCGAAAUAAACCCCAACACUGGCGCCGUGAAGCAAAUUAAGGCGGUCGACACAACUGUUACCAAGAAGUUCGAUAUUAUCAUCAAGGCCGUCGAAGUGUCAGAAGCGAAACGAUCGGCCACAGCCAAAUUGACUAUCACCGUAAAGCCAGUGGACAGCAAUCCUCCGAUUAUAACAACAUCGAGCAUAGAGGGUUUCGUCGAUGAAAAUGCCCCGAUUGGAACAAAGGUUAUUGACAAAAAUGGCAAUCCUGUAGUACUCACUAUUUCGGACGCUGAUUUGGGCCCUGACGAUCCGAAACCAGCUUACACUUUUGAAUUGACUACCAAUUUCUUCGCGAUCGAUCCUUCCGGAAUACUGGUCGUAAACGAAGAAAAUUUAGAUCGUGAUCCUCCGAGCCCUGGACGUUUCCGAUUUCAAGUGGUCGCCAGAGAAAAAACGGGCAUCGCUGCUUCCGCGCCGUUAUCCUUCGUGGUGAUAUUGAACGAUGUUAAUGAUAACGCGCCCAUGCUUCCCAUGAUAACUCCUAUUACCGUUCAAGCUGGAGAAACAAAGAAAGUAGUGACAAAGGUCGAGGCAACGGACAAUGACGAAGGAGAAAAUGCCGAAAUAACAUAUAGCAUUUAUCACGUGUCGAAUAAUGGACUGCAUAAAUUUAAAAUCGAUCCGAAGACCGGCGUAAUCGAAUCUGUGAGGAAGUUGAACGCAGGCGAGCAAUUCAGCAUUACUGUCCAAGCAACUGACAAAGGUGGAAAAUAUUCGCAGACGAUCGUCGAGGUGAACGUGAUUCCUGGACCGAAUACUAGGAGCCCGGUUUUCCAACAACCGGUAUACGAAGUGCAAGUCAGCGAGGGAGCGUCAAUUAAUUCCACGGUUGCAACGAUUACCGCAGUUGACCCAGAAAACGAUCCAGUAUCGUACUCGAUCGUCUCAGGAAACGACUUGCGUCAAUUUGCAAUCGGUGACAAAUCAGGCGUGAUCACCGUUAUAAGAAAGUUAGACAGAGAAGACCUGACUCGUUAUCAGCUGUUAAUAAAGGCUGAGGAUUCUGGAGGUUUAUUCAACACAGCCACGGUAAACAUCAAAGUAACAGACAUAAACGACAAGAAUCCAGAAUUCGUCAACUUACCUUACGAAUUCACCGUGAAAGAAGGAGAAGCAAGGAAGCUGAUAGGUCGAGUACACGCUGAAGAUGCCGAUGAAGGCAUCAACGCAGAAAUCACAUAUUUCGCGCCUGACGAUAUACCUUUCACUGUGGAUCCCGAAACUGGAGAUGUGCUGACGAAAAUCGUUUUGGACUACGAACAGAACGAUGAAUAUAAAUUUGUGGUAACCGCAAGAGAUGGUGCUCCUGAUUACCGUUUAGCCACUGCUACGGUCACGGUGAAAGUUAUCGAUAUUGAAGACGAGGUUCCUAUUUUCCAUCAAAGUAGCUAUGAGGCUCGAAUUAAAGAGAAUAUACCAGAUUACACGGUGCUUCAAGUAACAGCUGAUGAUCCGGACACGAAGAAACAAAUCACGUACAUAAUCAAACAAGGAGAUACUGAAGUGUUCCGCAUAGAUCCAAAGACUGGGAUAAUAAAAACCAUUCGCGGUUUGGACUAUGAAAAGGAGAAUCAGUAUAUUCUCAUAAUUGGCACUGUUGAAAACACUAGCAAUUUGCUUGGUUCUACUACGAAAGUUGUGAUUAAUGUUCAGGACGUUAACGACAUUCCACCAGUAUUUACAUCAGUUCCUCGUCCGAUUACGUUAGAUGAUGAUGUUCCCAUUGGCACAACGAUCAUUAAUCUUAUAGCGACAGACUCUGAUGGCACUGCUCCCGGAAAUCAAGUGAGAUACGAAAUUAUCGGCCGUGGAAUAGCGAAUAAGUACUUUGUGAUUGAUCCAGACACUGGCGUACUUAGAAUACGAGAUGAUUUGCGUAAAGAAACGGACACCGAGUAUCAGGUUGAUGUGCGCGCGUACGACAUGGGAGAGCCGCAAUUAUCGUCUGUCACGACAGUGCCAAUUUAUGUUCGGCAUGUGGCUACGGUGCCGCCAGAGAUCGGUUUAGGUUUCGCAGAAAAUUCCUACAACGUCGAAGUACCGGAAGAUGCUGGCGACAAUACGCUAAUCAAAAUAAUCACGGUUAUAAAUAGUCAUGCACACGAUACUACGCCGCUAAAAUGCGAAAUUUAUAGUGGCAACAAGAACGAAUUGUUCGAAGCGAAUGUUACGGAGGAACGAAAUUGUGCACUUAGACUCAAGAAAGGAGUAUUGGAUUACGAAACAACGGAAUCGUAUCAAGUGCAGCUUAAAUUGGAAUCUUUAUCAGGUCUAUUAAAUUCCGGCAGAAAUACGACCAUGGUGAAAAUCCAAGUGCUCGACAUAAACGACAAUAAACCCGAAUUCGUUUUUCCGGAUAGUAGUCCAAAAUUAUCACGAGGACGUUACUUCGCCGCAAUUCCGCGAUCAGCACAAUUUGCGUCGACGGUUAUACAAGUGAAAGCACACGAUAAGGACAACGGAAAGUAUGGGAAGCUCGAGUAUAAAAUACUUGGUGGACGUGGAUCGAACUAUUUUGCCUUGGACAGCUCUUCUGGAAUAAUUAGAACCACUGCGACGUUCGAUAACGUGGAUUUAUCCGAACUUCCAUUUAAGUUCGACGUUCGAGUUCGAGACAAUCCUAAUUCGACUGACAACUUUAACUCUAUCGUAGCUCCGGUUAUAGUGAAUUUGAUCGGAGAGGAGAAUCUAAUGAUUUUGGUAGUACAGGACGCGCCACCAGACGUCUUACAAAAGGAAGCGUCCAAGAUUGGUGACAUCAUCGAGGAGAAAAGCGGUCUUCUGAUCGGUAUCGACAGAGUAGCUGUGAGGAAAAAUUUGACGAAAAAUGGAACUAUCGAAAUGUAUCCUCAAGAUUCCGAUGUGUGGUUCUACGCGAUUGAUCCAGACACAGAAUCUAUUUUAGACAGGAACAAUUCCCGUAUACAGAGAUCGAUUAUCGAAAAGAUGGCUAUGUCAAACAUUACGUUCGACGUAUCGACGUUGGUUCGAGCGAAUGCGAUAGACAUUCACGCGCCAGUAAUGCCGUCCGAGCCAGUACGCACGCAAACCGCUAUCGCUUUCAGCGGCGAAGUAUUUCCAUACGCCUUGAUAAUCAUCGCGUGUGUCAUACUAAUCCUAGGUAUAGCUGGAAUUAUCUAUAUUUGCAUCUCCUGGUCGAGAUACAAGGCGUACAAAGAACGGAUGCAACGAAUGUACGUUGUGCCUCGUUACGAUCCCGUGUACGUAGAACCGAAUUUGAAAGAGUACGAAACACAAGUGCUUCAAAUGAGUGUGCCUGUCGACGACAAUGAUAGUUAUAAUGAUCUUCAGCUCGAUUUCAGCAAUAAGAAUCAUGCGUUCAGCUUGGACAAUGUUAGCUACAUUACCAAAGAUCAUGGAGAAAGUACUGGACAACAAAGCCCCGUAAGUUCUGAGGCAGCGACCACGGCACGUGCUUCGAGCAUAGUUGGAACCCAUGCAGAUACGAACAUUCAUUCGUUACGACGAUCGACCCUCGGCAGAAAGAACCAUAAUAACAGUAAUGCAAACACGUUGAACAAUCACGAUCCGACGCCCGUAUUGAAUCCACUAUACAACCACGGUAACGAUCUACUCAGCCCUAGUCCAUCGAACGAUAACGUCACAUUUAGAGAAAAAAGGGAUUAUUCUCAUCUAGGAUUCACGUACUUGGGUGAACAGAGCCCGGUGGAAACUACCACGGAGUUAUAAAGAAAAUUGCUCGUGAAACUACAAAUAAAUUAAUAAACAGAAAUUCAACUUUUGUUGAAUUUCCCACUCCGUAAUAUGUGUCGCCUGAUAAUGAGGAUUCUUCUGUGCCUGGCAUGACUGAAAUUUUUUUUUUUUAUGGUAUCGAAUUAUCAAACUAGUUGACAACAUAUUUUUGAGAUUACGUUUCUCUUACGCGAGAAUUGCUUGAAGUUGGUUUGCAAGACACUACGCAACGACCGAAUAGAAUUGAACCGAACCGAAAGCAGAUAUCAGUGCAUUUCGAAACAAGCGCAAGAAUUUAUUCUGCGUGACGAACUCUCGAUCGAAUUUCUGCAAUGAAUAGAACGACACAUGUAUCGCGGCGAAACCAGGUCGGAAAUACUUAUUAUCAACGACAAGCAAAAACUGACGAACUUUUCUCUGCGAAAAGCUUUCAACGUUACCCAUCGCGCAUCGUGAGUAAUUGCGAUUUUGCGAAAUCCGUGUCGAUAUAGUGCGACGCGGCGUGUCCAAAACUAUUAUUUUACCGGUUUUAUUAUUUAGACCAUCGACACUAUCUAGCGUGGCACAAUUGCCAUCAAUUUCGCCACACAACACGAUUUUAAUGUGAUUUAUGCCUUUUGUUUCGAAAAUGCAACUGUUCGAAAAUUCUGCAUUGUUCGAUCCAUGUCAUCGAGCGUGAUAUAAUUGAAAAGCAACGUCAAGAGAUCAAAGCGUUUAAAUGCGUGUCGUCAAAAGUCUAAUAUAUAAUAUUCUCAGGAUAGCGAUAGUGAAAUUGCGCAUCUUGAGAAUAUUUACGUUUAAGUUAUAUAAAAUGUUUGUCUGUUGCGAAUUUGUAAAGACAAUGAAGUAUACACUUGGGACAGCAAAAUAAAUUUGUCACUGAAAUAAAAUUCUUCGAAAUUUUUACGUGUGAAUACAAACAAAUGCAUAGAUCACUAUCAUUAUAAAUAUUAUUUGGCAUCGAUGUGAAAGGUUAUUUACAUCGAAUCUAUCCUGUGCAAUAGUUCAUCGUCUUCUGCGAUAAUAUUGACCAGUAGAUUUCAUUUUUCGCGCAACAUGAUUAAUGAAUUCUCAUUCAGUACUUAUAAAACAAUAAUACAAAUUUCCAUUCAACAAAUCUGAUGAAGAUGUAUAACAGUUAUGAGUCAUCGUACCGUCCAAUAUAGUAAUAAGGAUUAAUUAUAAAGCAAUAAAUUUAUGAAAGAUGUAUGCGAGCGAGUGAUGAAACGUGUACAUGUGAUCGGUCCGUGAACUUAAAUAUGUAUAUGUAUGGGAGAAAGACUCACGUAAAACUAUUGUAUAAUAAGAUCUUUUUAUUUAUAACUGCGUGUUUGCUUAUAUUAUUUUUUUAUUUUUAACGAUACUCGACCAAUGGUAGAUGUUUGCUACAGAACUAUAUCGUUGGUAUGAAAUUGUUCUUCGAUUAUUCAUACAUUAUUUAACUUUCCGAUUAUUUAACAAAGCGGAUUAUGAUAAUUCGUUAAGUACCAAAUUAAAACGAAGAGCAGUUUCAUAAAUUACAUCAACUUUUCAUAAAGCAAGUAUAUCGACCGGAAUCUCUUUUAUUUAAAGAAUCUUUUGUUUGAGAAAUAGAGAUAAUUACAUUAUAAAUUAUGCGAAAUGCUAAAUAUGAAGGUACUUCCGAUUAUUUACUAGUUGAAAAAUACUGUACUUAAUGCGGAUUUAUUUUAAAUUUUUUACGCCAGAUUUGUUGAAUUUGUUUAUUCGCAUUCAUUGCGAAUGAAUGAUAUUCAAUGGCGAAGAAAAAUUGUGGGAUUUGAUCGAUUAAAUUUCCUAGUCGUAUGGCGAACAACUUGACUGUAUCGUUUCUGUUUUGUUUAGUAUACAAUUUGUUGGAAAAUUAUCCGCAUUGUCGAUUCAUUGAUAAGAGUGUUAAGACUUUUUACUCAUAGUUACGCGUUGUUUAAAAUAAAUGAAACACAAAUGCUGUAAAAAAUUGUUAAUAUCUAAUAAAUCUAUUAUAUUUACAUAACAA